UAUGAUUCUAAUUCUCUUAGGUUUAAUAACAUUGAUUUAAGCAUCAUCAGAAAACAAUUAAAAACCAGUUAAUUUGAGUAAAUUUGCAAAAAUAUUUGAACAAUAUGUAUGAUAAAGAUAUUAUAUUGAGAAUCAAUCGAAUUAAUUUAGCAAAUCAUUAUUUACUUAAUUGAAAUCAAAAGUAAUUAAUGGAGCAACAGUUUAAGAUAUUGAUGACCAUUUUGCAGAAUUGGUUGGCCAUAUAGAAAAGGAUGAAUUCUCAUAGCAAUAAUUAUAUUAAGUUGAACAAGCUAGAUUAGAAGGAACAAUUUUAUAAUUAGAAGAUGAAUUAAAGUAAUUAGAAGAAUAAAAUGCAUAUCUAAUUUAAAAAUAAGAGACAUUAAAUGAAGAAGCUUAAUAAAUUGAUGUUUUAUUUAGUGCUAAUCAUGAAGCAUAUAUAUAAAAAAUUGGAGAACAAUAUACUUUAAUUGAAGCAAUUGAUGAGUUAAUAUCAUAAGUUUAAGAAAAAUAGACUAUUAAAGAUGAUAGUGAUAUUAUGGAGAAGUUGAAAUAAAUUAGUGAAGAUUAACAUAUUAGUAUAUUAGCUUAAGUGACUGCUCAUUUAGAUAUGGAAUAAGCAGAUAAGAUCUUAGUAUUAUUUAAGGAUUUGAAAGAUGUUUUAAAAGAAGGAUUAGAAAUAGAUGAAUAAAAUAAUGAAUUAAAUGUGAAGUUACAUACAGAAAUUAGAUAAUCCAUAGGCAGGUAUGAUUUCUGAAUUAAUUAUUUAAGUAUGAUACCUGAAACACUUAUUUAACAAGAAGAGAUUAUCAAAUCUAUAAAUGAAUAACAAAAUACUUUAACAAUGACCAAAAUAGCAUUAGAAAAGCUUAAAUCUGAUAUGGAUGCAAUAAAUUAAGAUAGGUAUUAGAAUAAUUAACUUCAAUAGAAACUUUGCAUUGCUUUAAAUUUAAUAAGCAAAAUCAAUUUUUAAAGAAAACAUUCAAGACUUAUCAGAUUCUAAAUGA